AUGGCGACCGAAGGGACGCCGUUCCGCGAUAGGUACGCCAGCGAGGCGCGCGCGGCCGCGGCACGCGCGCACGCGCCGCCAUUGGAAGAACCCCCGACGCCCGUGCCCCGGCGCGUGCACGCGCCGUCGUCGCCCGCGCCGCGACCGACCGCCCCGACGCCGACGCCGCCUUCCAAAUUACUGCAGCGCUACCUCGCCUCCGAGGCGACGAAGAUACCGGAAUCGAGCGCAUCGGGCGGCGCGGCCCUUGAGGCGGAGGUACGAGCGCGGACACGCGCCUUGGAGCUCGAGGUGGCGCGCGCCGACGGUGCGAGCGCGGUCGCCCGUGCCGACGGUGCGAGCGCGCACACGACGUACCAUGGCCGGCGGCGCGUGCGAAACGACGGUGACGGCCUCGACGGCGCGGCGCGCGGCGUCGACGCCGCGGCUCGGGCGGUGCGGCGCGCGCGGGCCGCGAGCGCGCGCGUGGACAAAGAGAACGACGCCGGCGUCUCGCUCGAGGUCCUCAAGUUGGCGCGAGACGUCGCUCGCCACAUCGAGGCCUCGAGCCGCGUGCUCCAGGACGCGACGGCAGUGCUGGCGAAGUUCGAGGAUCCGGCGAACGAGAAGGCUUUGUCUAGAGAUCAGGUCCGAGCGUUCGACGCGGACGGUGGCGCCGAAACGGCAGCUCCGGCGCGUCCGGGCGACGAGGACGCUUGGACGGACGGCAGCUCAGGUGCCCUGACGCCGCGGCGCGAUGCUGCGCCCUGCGCGGAGUCGGACGCCUGGACGGACGCCUCGGACGACGAACCCCCGCCUCCGCCGACGCCGCCCCCCGAGGACUGA